UGUCUUCAGGACAACUGUAUGUUCCUGCCCCUGCUGGAGAGUCGGGCCUCCAGCUCCUCUGGCGCCAACAAGCAUGUUCCAACCAAUCCCAUCAGCCAUUCAGUGUCCUGGAGCUCCUCUUGGGCCAACAGUUGCUACUCUGGAGACACAGAGACAGACAGCGACCAACUCUCCUGCAUGCACACCAGCAUCAGCGAGAUCCUGAAGGAGAAAAGCCUGAAGCCAUCUCGCCGCAGCCUGCCCUGCCUGGCCCAGAGUCAGACUCAUCCAAUCAACCUCAACCACUUCCUGUCUGUGCCUCUGAGCCCAGAGCCGAAACCAGAAGUUGAGGGUCUGAGUCAGAGCAUCAGCACCUCCUGCAGCCUCCUGCGCCCGCAGACAGCAGAGGAUGGCAAGGAUCAGUACGUGGAGGAGUCAGAGGUGACGUGUGAAACAAAACCAGAUGAGUCAUUUCCGCUACAAAAGCCUGUCACCCGUGCUAAACUAGAGGCCUGCACAGAUUCACUUCAGGGAAAGAAACCAGCUAUUUCCUCUGGGCUGUUUUUCCGAGAUGGGAAAAAGCGUAUUGACUACAUCCUGGUUUACAAGAAGUCCAGUCUACAGGUGGAAAAGAGGUGCACCUUUGAAAAGAAUUUACGGGCUGAGGGUCUAAUGCUGGAGAAGGAGCCCUCCUUGACGAACAACGACAUCAUGUUUGUGAAGGUCCAUGCUCCUUGGGAUACACUUUGCAAAUAUGCAGAGCAGAUGAACAUCCGAAUGCCUUUCAGGAAAAAAUGUUACUUUACGGACUGGAAGAGCAAAACCCUGGGCAGCAGGUUUCAUUUGAGAUGCCGUCAGAUAAAAAGUUGGCUUCCCAGAAAUCCCAUGAAGCUGGAUAAAGAGGCCUUGCCUGACUUGGAGGAAAGUGACUGCUACACAGCCCCCUUCAGCAGAGCACGCAUGCAUCACUUCACUAUCAACAAUAGAGAGACCUUCUUCUCCAAUUCCACCAGAAGCAGAAUCCUCCAUCAUGUGCUGCAGCGCACCAAGUAUGAGGAAGGAAAAUUAAAGAUGGGUAUCAACCGGUUAUUGGGCAACAACACAUAUGAGGCUGCAUUUCCUCCUCAUGAGGGUGGUUACAAGAGCAGACACCCAAUUAAGACGCACGGUGCCCAGAACCACAGGCAUCUUCUGUAUGAGCGCUGGGCCCGCUGGGGAAUCUGGUACAAAUACCAGCCUUUGGACCUCAUCAGGCGGUACUUUGGUGAGAAAAUCGGUCUUUACUUUGCGUGGUUGGGCUGGUACACUGGCAUGUUGAUCCCUGCCGCCCUGGUUGGCGUUUUUGUCUUCCUCUAUGGUCUCUUCACUAUGGACUCCAGCCAAGUCAGUAAAGAGAUUUGUGAAGCCAACACUACCAUCAUGUGUCCUAUGUGUGAGGACACCUGUGAGCCGUGGACACUGAGUGACAGUUGUGUCUACGCGAAGGUGACCCAUCUGUUUGAUAAUGGCGGUACUGUGUUCUUUGCCAUCUUCAUGGCUAUUUGGGCCACAGUAUUCCUGGAGUUCUGGAAAAGGAGGAGGGCAGAACUGACUUAUGACUGGGAUCUCAUCGAUUGGGAGGAGGAAGAGGAGGAGCUGAGGCCUCAGUUUGAAGCCAAGUACUCCGGGGUGGAGAGAGUCAACCCCAUCUCUGGCAAGCCCGAGCCUUUCCAGCCCUUCACAGACAAACUCAGCCGGCUCAUGGUGUCUGUAUCCGGAAUAUUCUUCAUGAUUUCCCUCGUUCUGACAGCCGUGUUUGCCGUGGUGGUAUUCCGUCUCAUUGCGAUGGAGAAGUUUGCUUCCUUCAACUGGAAUUUUGUGAAGAAAAACUGGCAGUUUGCCACCUCUGGCACCGGUGUCUGCAUCAACUUUAUGAUCAUCAUGUCUCUCAACGUGGUGUAUGAAAAGGUGGCCUAUCUGCUGACAAAUUUAGAGCACCCACGGACAGAGUCUGAGUGGGAGAACAGUUUUUCUCUGAAGAUGUUCCUGUUCCAGUUUGUAAAUUUGAACAGCUCCACAUUUUACAUCGCUUUCUUUCUCGGAAGGUUUGCUGGCAGGCCUGGAAAAUACAAUAAACUCUUUAAUCGAUGGAGACUGGAGGAGUGUCACCCGAGUGGCUGUUUGAUUGAUCUGUGCCUGCAAAUGGGAGUCAUCAUGUUCUUCAAACAAAUCUGGAACAACUUUAUGGAGCUCGGUUAUCCCUUGCUGCAGAACUGGUGGUCUCGUAGAAAGAUGAAGAAAGUAGGUGGUGGAGGGCAGAAUGUAGAGAAUAAAGCCCAGCUUCCGCAGUGGGACAAAGACUGGAAUCUGCAGCCGAUGAACACCCAUGGACUGGUGGAUGAAUACCUUGAAAUGGUUCUCCAGUUUGGCUUCACCACCAUCUUUGUAGCGGCGUUCCCGCUGGCUCCUCUCCUGGCUCUGCUCAACAACAUCAUCGAGAUUCGUCUUGACGCCUACAAGUUUGUCACUCAGUGGAGGAGACCCAUGCCUGCUCGAGCCACUGACAUAGGUAUCUGGCAUGGAAUCCUCGAAGGUAUCGGCGUGUUGGCAGUCAUCACCAACGCCUUUGUCAUCGCCAUUACCUCAGACUACAUCCCCCGCUUUGUUUAUGCCUUCAAAUAUGGCCCGUGUGUUGAUAAGGGACACCACCAUGAGGAUGAGUGUUUGCGAGGCUACAUGAACAGCAGCCUGUCUGUGUUUGACAUGGGGGAGACGAAGAACAGCAGCCAGUUCAGAUACUGCAGGUACAGAGACUACAGAGCGCCGCCAUGGAGCUCAGUGCCGUACGAAUUCACCCUGCAGUUCUGGCAUGUCUUGGCUGCCAGGCUGGCCUUCAUCAUCGUCUUUGAGCAUCUGGUGUAUGGGAUCAAAUCCUUCAUAGCAUACCUCAUUCCGGACAUGCCGAAGGAUCUCUGCGAUCGUAUGAGGAGGGAAAAGUACCUGAUGCAGGAGAUGAUGUACGAAGCAGAACUGGAGCACCUGCAGAAGGAGAGGAAGAAGAACGGAGUGCGUUAUCACCACGAGUGGCCUUAGCUUUUACCCCCCGUGUCUCCGCUACACGCGGCACAGCCCUCAACUCACAGGCACAACCUCCCCCUGCCAGCUUAUUUAUGUAUUUUAACAUUGAGAGUCGUGCUUCACUCGGCUGAUUCUGUACACCAAAGACACCCUCUUCAGUAACCAAAUCCUCCCCCAAACCUGUCUGGCUUCGGGCUCUGAACCGGGCUCCCUCGCCAUCUGUUCCAUGUCGAGUGUAUUCGCUGCUCUUAGUUUCUGGCUCUGACCCUCUCCUGCCUGCCCCAGCUCAUCCCUCACCUGGCUUCCUCCAUCAGGUUCCUCUUGGGUCUUUGCUGUGUCAUGGCUUCGCUGGGAAAACCUGUGCAAUUGUAAUGUUUACUAUGCAGAUCAAGGGCUGCAGAUCACUGCUGUUCCCUUUUGGCACCCAUCCUGCACUCUCUCUCUCUCUCUCUCUGUGGCAGCUAGCACUCCGCUUUGACUCUUCUUGGUGCCGCUUGCAUCAUGGCCGUGUUUUUCCUUAUAUGUGGCAGAGGUACCGUGGCACUUAGCGUUUCUUGUUGCAAAAGAGAUUUUGGGGAUGUGGCUACAAAAUGCAAUUUUUGCAAAGCGACUGUAUAUUGCCCUUGAAGCAUGCUGAUUCAUAUUUGCAGCAAGAAAAAAAUAACAGCAUUCAUUGUGGAGGAUGUGAACAUCCAUUCAGAAAAUUUGUCAAAGAAUUCUCUAUGAAAUUAUAUAAAGUGCAUGGUAAUAUUGUUUUUUACCUUUUGACAGAGAAAGUCCCUGUCUUGAUGCCUGGUUCACGUGUGUCUGUACUCGAUGUGAGCUGUGUGUUUAUCUGUUUGUGGUACUACUGAGCUUGAGUGUGUUGAGUUGAGGAAAUGUGAACUUAGUGUGAUUUGACUGUGCCUACAGUUGUGCGCACCACAAUUGUGUCACCAACAUCACGAGUGCCUGUUUGUGCUGCACAUGCUUUUUUAAGUGCAAGAAAUAUUCUCUCUCAUGGUUCUAAUGUGUGAUCUUCUGUAAACUCUCUGAACUCUCCUGUAAGGAUUUGUUUUGGAUUUGAGUCACACCACAGUACCACAGUACCUGCUUGGGUCUCAGCCAAUGGCUCUGAAACACGGUAUACGUUGUAACAUGACUCCCAUCAUGAACAAUGUAUACACUUGCAUGCAGGAGCCACAAAUCUGCUCUUCCGUUCUGCACUCACAGCCUGUUUUUCAUUUGUUGUUGGAAGCCCUGAAGCAUGGUUGAAACUUGGAUCCCUUAGACAUACCUGUGGCUUGGAUGUUCAGCUUGCAAAGAACAUCCAACCACUGUUUCUCGCUCAUAUAGUACACCAACAUACUUCAGUUCUAGUCCUUUGCUAAGCACACGGUCAGAUGCAGUUUUGGCUGCUUCUUGGCCUUUACUGAUGUGAAACUGAGAAAUUAGUUGUUUUUUUUAAAUGUCAUAGUCAUGACAUUUUAUUGUGGUCAGUUCUGAUGUCAUGGAGCAGCAUGUGUCUGGGAACUCAGGAAAACAGGCAGCAUGAGUGACGCAUCCAUCUGUGAGGCUGAGUCAGAAUCAUAACUAUUUCCUGAUUCAUUCAUGUUGAGAUCGAGAGUUGUGAAGUGAACAGUAUUAAUGAGGGGGUUUCUAUUUUCUAGGUCAGGGGUCUUGAACGUUUUUUAAGCCAAGGACCCCUUAACUGAAAGAGAGACGGAGCAGG